AUGUUUGCCCGCACCUGCACGAGGUGCAUACCUCGGUCGCGGUCGGCGUUCCGGCCCAAUGCAGUGUUGGCAAAGGUCCAACGCAGGUCGUUUGGCACAUCGCCAGGUUCGACUUCAACAACCACCCAGAGCGCCUGCAUGUCAAUGGGAACGUUGGCACCCAUCGUGAAUGAGCUGGAUCGCAUGGCGCCGAGCUUUGAUAUUCGCGGGGAGGAUAUCCAUGUUCUCAGGACGCCAGCGGAAUUCUACGAGACGCUCAAGGAUCGGAUUCGAAACGCAAAACGCAGAAUCUUCUUCUCUACUCUCUACAUUGGCAAGUCGGAAACGGACCUUAUCGAAACGCUGCAAGAGGCCCUUCGUCGUAAUCCCGAGCUCAAGCUUAGCAUCUUGACGGACUGUUUGCGCGGAACGCGCGAGGCUCCGCAACCUUCGUGCGCUUCGCUACUUGCACCUCUCGUUGCGGAAUUCCAUGAUAGAGUCGAGAUUCGAAUGUACCAUACGCCAAACUUGACUGGACUGAGGAAAAAGUACAUUCCCAAGAGGAUUAAUGAGGGCUGGGGGCUGCAGCAUAUGAAGCUUUACGGGGUGGAUGAUGAGAUUAUCUUGUCGGGGGCCAACUUAUCCACGGAUUACUUUACCAAUCGCCAAGACAGAUAUCACUUAUUCUCGUCAAAAGAAAUUACAGAACAUUUCCGGAAAGUUCACGAUGUUGUCGCGUCGUUCAGCUUUCUCGUCGAGCCUUCAAAAGUCGAGGCUGGUUUCUCGCUGACCUGGCCCAAGUCGAAUUCUUGCCCCAACCCCCUCGACGACCCAAAGUCAUUCAUCAAGAGUUCGAGUUCGACCUUGGAUAAGUUGGUGGCGCCGCCUGCUCAGCAGCAUGUCAAGCGCGACUUUUAUAAUACGAGGGUUUAUGUGCUGGGGCAAAUGUCCCAAAUCAUGCAGCCGGAUCGCUCGACCGAACUUCCCGUCGUUACGCACAUCCUCAAGCAUCUUGCGCUGCCUCAGUAUAGAGGCUCUUCGUGGACUUUCACAGCUGGUUACUUCAAUCCCGCGCCGUCCUUGACCAAACUUCUCAUCGGGACAGCAUCAACAAACAACACGGUUAUUACGGCUGCACCAGAAGCCAACGGAUUCUAUAAAUCCAAGGGCGUCUCAGGUCUCCUGCCGGAUGCGUACGUCCUGCUGGCCAGACGCUUCCUCGACAAUGUCAACCAGAGCCGUCGCGCCGAAGACGUGACGCUCAAGGAGUGGCGCCUAGGAUCAGUAGGUCAGCCGGGCGGAUGGACCUACCAUGCCAAGGGCCUUUGGGUGACUAUGCCAGGUGAUACUCGGCCGUCCAUGAGUAUAAUCGGUAGCUCAAAUUACACAAAGCGCAGCUACUCGCAUGAUUUGGAAGUGGGCGCCCUCAUUGUCACCAAGGACGAGAAGCUGAUGAGGCAAUUGGGCGACGAACAAAUCUGGCUUCAGGAUCAUGCGUUGAGGGUGACGAGGGAUGACUUUGCGAAGAACGAAAGAAGGGUAGGCUUGCAGGUCCGGAUUGCUAUGUGGAUCGUGUCUUUGGUUGGAGGGGCUUUGUAA